GUCUCUUCCAUCAUCUAACCUUCAAGCACCUAGAGCAAAAACACCAAAGCCAAGUGAGCAAUAGUAAACACAAAUCAAACAUGAAGACCUUCAUCAUAUUUGUCCUCCUUGCUAUGGUGAUGAGCAUCGCCAGUGCCACUAGGCAACUAAGCCCUAGAGGCAAGGAGUUGCAAACACCACAAGAACAAUUCCCCCAACAGCAAUUCCCUCAACCACAACAAAUCCUCCAACAACAAUUCCCCCAACGACAACAAAUCCCCCAGCAACCGCAACAAUUCCCCCAACAGCAAUUCCCGCAACAGCAAAUCCCACAACAGCAAAUCCCGCAACAACAAAUUCCCCAACAACAACAAAUCCCCCAACAACAAUUCCCCCAACAACAACAAAUCCCCCAGCAACCACAACAAUUCCCCCAACAACAGCAAUUCCCCCAACAACAACAGCAAUUCCCGCAACAACAAUUCCCCCAACAGCAAUUCCCUCAACAGCAAUUCCCACAACAACAACAAAUCCCCCAGCAACAACCACAACAACUUCCCCAACAACAACAACAAUUUCCCCAACAACAACAAAUCCCCCAACAAAAAUACCCCCAACAACAACAAUUCCCCCAACAGCAAUUCCCCCAACAACAACAAUUUCCCCAACAACACCAGUUACCGCAACAACAAUUCCCCCAACAACAACAAAUCUCCGAGCAACAACAACAAUUCCCCCAACAACAACAAUUCCCCCAACAGCAAUUCCCGCAACAACAAUUUCCCCAACAACAACAAUUCCCACAACAACAACAGUUCCCCCAACAACAACAAUUCCCCCAACAACAACAGUUCCCCCAACAACAACAAUUCCCGCAACAACAAUUCCCCCAGCAACCACAACAACAAUUCCCAAAACAACAAUUUCCCAUACCAUACCCACCCCAACAACAAUCGCAAGAAGCUUCCCCAUACCAACAAUACCACAACAACAACUAUCUGGGAGCGACAUUAUAAGUAUCAGUGGCCGAUGAAAUGAAGAGAUGUAAUACUAGACAGGUGAAUCAUCGUUGUUAGUCAAUGGAGCAUAAUGUAACGGGUAUAAAUAAAAUGAUGUGCACCAUCAUGUGUAACCCAGACCUGUACUAGUUCAAACAUGGGAAUAAAAGACAAAUAAGUUCUUUUCUGAAGCA